AUGUCUACCCAAUCAAAACAAGAUCAGAGUCAAAGUAUCUCUGCCUAUGGACAAGCACGCUCAACAGUUUCCGGGAAAUGCCUGGAAUCCGAAGAGGUUCGCAGGAUGAGCGCAUACUUCCACGCUAGCUUGUACCUUUGUCUGGGUAUGCUCUACCUGCGCGAGAAUCCUCUUCUGAAGGAACCACUGAAGAAGGAGCACCUUAAAGCCCGACUCUUGGGCCACUGGGGAUCAGACGCUGGUCAAUCCUUUACUUGGAUCCACAUGAACCGUCUAAUCAAGAAAUACGACCUGGAUGUGCUUUUUGUUUCGGGUCCUGGCCAUGGUGCUCCAGGCAUCAUCUCUCAGUCGUAUCUAGAGGGGGUCUACUCAGAGGUAUACCCUGAUAAGAGUGAAGAUGUGGAAGGAAUGCAGAGGUUCUUCAAACAGUUCUCGUUUCCUGGUGGAAUCGGAAGUCAUGCUACGCCCGAGACUCCCGGCAGCAUCCACGAGGGUGGUGAGCUUGGAUAUUCCAUUUCCCAUGCCUUUGGAACCGUAUUCGAUAACCCAGACCUCAUCACCUUAACAAUGGUUGGUGACGGAGAGUCUGAAACGGGACCGCUGGCAACAAGCUGGCACAGUACCAAGUUUUUGAACCCAAUCACCGAUGGCGCGGUUCUACCUGUCCUCCAUCUGAAUGGAUACAAGAUCAAUAACCCCACGGUACUUGCACGUAUCAGUCACGAGGAGCUGACCGCAUUGAUGGUUGGUUAUGGCUGGAAACCAUAUUUUGUAGAGGGCAGUGAUCUGGACAGUAUGCAUCAGGCUAUGGCGGUUACUCUCGAAAAAUGCGUGACAGAGAUUAGAGAGUACCAGCAGAAAGCUCGGUCAUCAAAUGUGCCAUUCCGUCCUCGUUGGCCAAUGAUCGUUCUUCGUACUCCAAAGGGCUGGACUGCGCCCAGGGAAAUCGAUGGAAAACUACUCGAGGGGUUCUGGCGUGCUCAUCAGAUCCCCAUCACCGAUGUUCUUACCAACCCUGGACAUCUCAAGGUCCUUGAAGAUUGGAUGAAAGGAUACAAGCCAGAGACUCUCUUCGGCGAAGACGGCAAACUUAUUGCGGAACUCAAAGAGCUCGCUCCCAAAGGAAAUUCACGCAUGAGCGCCAACCCCGUCGGUAACGGUGGUCUCUUGCGUAAGCCGCUGCUAAUGAAUGACUUCCGAAACUAUUCAAUCAAAGACAUUGUACCCGGUAAAUCUAUUGCAGGAGGAAUGGCCAACAUGGCCAAGUUCCUGCGUGAUAUCGUCGCUAAGAACAUGUCCACAUUCCGUCUCUUUGGGCCCGACGAGACAGAGUCGAACAAACUAGCUGAAGUCUAUAAGGCGGGCCAGAAAGUAUGGAUGGCAGAAUACUUUGAAGAAGAUAGCAAUGGAGGCAAUCUCUCCCCUUUUGGCCGUGUUAUGGAGAUACUCAGCGAGCAUACUUGCGAGGGCUGGUUAGAGGGGUACAUUCUGUCUGGUCGCCACGGCUUAAUCAACAGCUACGAGCCUUUCGUUCAUGUCAUUGACUCUAUGGUCAAUCAGCACUGCAAGUGGAUUGAGAAGUGUCUUGACGUCGAAUGGCGUGCUAAAGUUGCCUCUCUCAAUAUUCUUAUUACAGCCACUGUUUGGAGACAGGACCACAAUGGCUUUACUCACCAAGAUCCCGGGUUCCUGGAUGUGGUAGCCAACAAAAGCCCCGAGGUGGUCCGUAUCUACCUCCCACCUGAUGGGAAUACUCUGCUCUCUGUCAUGGAUCACUGUUUGCGUAGCGUCAAUUAUGUGAAUGUCAUUGUUGCAGACAAACAGGAUCAUAUCCAAUUCCUGAAUAUGGAUGAAGCUAUCACACACUGCACCAAGGGUCUCGGGAUUUGGGACUGGGCAAGCAAUGAUCAAGGAAGCGAGCCGGAUGUUGUGAUGGCAUCUUGUGGUGAUGUCUCAACUCACGAAGCCUUGGCCGCCACAGCUCUCCUUCGAGAGUACCUACCAGACCUCAAGGUUCGCUUUGUUAAUGUUGUGGACCUUUUCCGACUUAUCUCUGGAAUCCAUCAUCCCCACGGCAUGCCAGAUCGCCAAUGGAAGGCCAUCUUCACGGACAAUAAGCCCAUUGUGUUCAAUUUCCACUCGUACCCGUGGCUCAUCCAUCGACUCACUUACAAGCGACCUGGUCAGCAGAACCUACAUGUGAGAGGGUACCGGGAGAAGGGUAAUAUCGAUACUCCGUUUGAGCUGGCGAUGCGCAACGGAACCGACCGAUACAGUUUGGCCAUUGAUGCAAUUGACUUGAUUCCCACCUUGGGUAGUACUGCGUCAUGCGUUAGGGAGAAGCUGGUCAACGCUCGAAUUUCGGGCAAGAUACAGGCUUUCGAAAAUGGCGUGGAUCCUGAGCACAUUCGGAACUGGACUUGGCCCUUUGCGAAAUAG